AUGCCCUACAAGCUCCAAAACCGAAGUGUUCUGAUUGUGGGUGGCGCAAGGGGUCUCGGGGCAUGUAUAGGGACAAAAUUCGCUGCGGAGGGUUGUAAUGUCGCCAUCAACUACCUCACGAGCCAAGAGCGAGCCAAUACUCUUGCUACUAAACUUAUGAAUGAAUACGGAAUCAAAGCAGUUACUAUACAAGGGGAUGGCGGUAUACAGCAAGAUUGCGUCAGAGUGAUUCAGACGGCUAAAGCAAAAUUGGGUGGGCUAGACAUCGUUAUUUCCAAUGUGGGGUGGACAAAAUUUGCUCGUUUCGAAGACUUAUAUGCUCUAGACGAAGCUGAAUGGGACAAAUGUUGGGCUUGCAAUGUCAAAAGUAACCUGUAUCUGUUUAGGGAAGCUCUUCCGACUUUCAAAAGUAAUCCGGAAGGCGGGGUCUUCAUCGCAACUUCUUCCAUUGCUGGCGCAAUGGCAUCUGGAAGCAGCCUGGCAUACUCGGUGACUAAAGCGGCGGGUCUGCAUCUUUUGAAAUGUUUGAAAGCAUCUCAAGGCCCUAUGGUCCGCAUCAACGCCGUUGUCCCAGGGCUUUUGUUAACCGACUGGGGCGAGAGAUACUCCACGGAAGAGAUCGAAUCGUGGAAAAAUAAAUCCAUUCUCAAACAUGAGGUCGACCUUGAGGACUGCGCUGAUAUGUACGUGACAAUCGCUAAGAACACUUCGAUGACAGGACAGGAAAUUUUCGUCGGCUGGAAGGACAGCACCGGGCUCAUGUGUGCUGUCGGGGCCAAACCUGAAGAAGAAAGCCCGAUCACGUCUGUGGGUGUCCCAGUCUUUCAUGGAUUAGAAGCCACAAUCAACUCACGCCCGUCACGCAGCGUGCCGCAAACGGACGUUGAUGGGGACCGAGAUGCUGGCAGAAGCGCUGAAGUCGCCGCCCAUACGCCAGCUUAUCGUUCCGAGGGAGCUUCUCCUGAUAGGAGCCCAUCCGCGUUGCAAAUGCGCAGUCCGAAGGCGCCGAACCUGCUACAAACUGCCACGUUGUUCAUGUGCAAGUUUCCAGAACUUGGGUUUCUUCACAAGCCUACGUUCUCACUUGACUUAAGAAACUUGGGAGGUCGUCUACAUCAAAACGCCGGCGAUCGGCAGCCAAAGGCAGAACUGCUUGGUUCCGCCUUGAGGGUUCUCUGCUUACCUCUCACGAAGCCCAAUCACACCGUUGAGGAUACAUUGAACAAAGUGCACCGUCGACUCUCUAUUACCGAACCUCCACAUAUAUAUGUUGUUCAAACCCUCUUAGUAGUCUCGAUGUUUGAGUGGGGCCAGGGGAAUACCCAUGCAGCAUGGAUGUACAGCGGUGCGGCUAUUAGGAUGAUGCAGCUGCUAAAACCAGCGGUGUUAACAUCAUCGGAUAGCCUGGAGAGGGAGAUUCACAACCGCACUCUGUGGAGCUGCUUUAUCAUGGAUAGAUUGAUUUUCCCAGGGUCUCAACAAUCUCUGUGCCUCCCAAUGGAAGAAAUGGCGACACACUGGCCUGUCGGAGACGCAGAUUAUGCAUUUGCGCAGGGACACAUCCAGCGCUACAUGGUCCCGUCACGUUACCCUAUGACGGUAGACUACUCGUACGCUGUUCUGGUCCAUGGCUUCGAUAUUUGGACGAAGAUCUACCGUUGGAUUAUUAGCGGCGGUAGACGCAGGAAAGACAUGCAGUUGGGUAAGAAUUUUCCGUGGGAAGAGUCUUCGCUAUGGGCAACGAUGCGUGGAGAGCUUCAGGAAUGGCGUGAUUCUCAGGAUCCCAAGCUAUGGUACCCAGCCAAUAGAGUGGGGAUCUACGAGUCCUUGGGGAAGGGUGAAGUAUUCGGAGAGUAUAUACCUUUCCUUCCAUGGCCGAAUUCGACGCCUUGUGGUCCUGUGGACCCACCUCUUUUCACCGCCAAGGCGCCUGAAGGAUGGUGGGAGGUUAGGUCCGAGGAGCUUUUUAACGCCGCCUCAUGUAUCACCAGCGUACUUGCUGACUUGACUGAUGAGGAAGCGCCGCUUUAUACUCCCUUUGCGGGCUUCUGCAACUUCUCUGCUGCAACGAUGAAUAUCUAUGUCCUGUCUUUCCCGAACAUGAACAUGGGCCGUAGUGGCGACGUGGGCGUACUCGUGGAUAAGAAUUUGGCAUAUUUGGAUCAGUUCCGCAGCAUGUGGCCUAUUGGUCAAGGCUGGUGGACAACGAUCCAGCGCACCAAGGCCAUCUAUGAGCGGCACAGUCAAGACCCGGCUAGGUAUUUAGGCAAGACGCGGGAUGACUUCAUCGGCCUGAUGGCCUCGAUACACAACGUCACCGAGCGUUCGCGAACUCCAGUGGAGCACGAGAUUUCCCAGACACCAGAUGACGUGCUGGUGGCAGGGGAAGAUGGGGGUAGUGCGGUGCAGGGUUUUGCCAUUCAAAGCCAAGGCCAAGUGACUGAAGACCUCAUCCCACAAGAUUUCUGGGGCAACGAAUGGCCACUCUGGGGUGAGCUCGAUAAUGUUUCUUUCAACUCUAAUCUCCUUAAUCACUAA